GCCACAACUACUAGCCAUACAAUUCAUACACAGAAGGAUAUCGACGGAGACGCCAUGGUGUGACGUUAUGACGCCGGUGAACGUGACGGCGACUGAGGCGGAACCAUUGCUUGGCGUAGAGUUGCUGGUUCUUGUUUCGCUUUAUGGAAUCGUGUUAGUGGUCGGUGUUGUUGGCAACUCGAUGGUGGCCGUGGUCAUGUGCACCCAGCAGACAGCACGUAUGAGGAACAACCUGAUGUUAAGUGUGUGUGUGUCUGAUCUCCUGGUGUGCGCCCUCAGUGGGCCCCUGGCAGCCGCCUCCAACACUUACUACAAUGUAUGGAUGCUAAGCCACAUCGCCUGUAAGCUCACAGCCUUCCUACAGAUUCUCCCAGUGACCGCAAGUCUGCUGUCGCUCAGCGCUCUCUCAGUGGACCGGUAUGCCUCCGUGAAGCAGCCUCGAGCCUUCUCCCAACUGCGUCCCCGAAGACACGCCAUGAUAAUCACAAUGGUUUUCGUGUGGGGCGGGGCGGCACUCACUUCGUCGCCUGUCGUCGUCGUCAACUUUGCUGGGACUGGGGGACAGUGCGAGGAGACGUGGGCCUCUCCGAUAUGGCGUACAUCAUUUAACGUCUGUCAUCUCGGCCUCAUGUACCUGGCGCCCUGCCUCACGGUUGCUGUCUGCCAUUUCGCCGUCGGACACAAACUGUGCGAGGUGUCUCUCACAGCUGCAGCUGCUCGAGGUCAACUCCCGCUCCCAAUGCCCAUUCUCCGUCGCCCAAAACAUGUCAUUAUAGUUGCAUCACUAGCGAACGACGCUCCGUCCAAGGUGGUCCCGUACCGCGGUGGAGACAAUCAAGGUGAUGAAGAUUCUUCAGACAAUGAAGGCCUGGCUUUUCAGAUUCGCGCAGAUCUGGACGACUUACGACCUAGACACUCGUCUCAGAAGAAACGCCGUCAGACCCUGGGAUCUGAAAACGGUCCCUUAAAACUGAAUAAAUUACAACGAGCCACACGCUCUGAGCGCACCAUUAUUCGUGCCAACCGCCGACUUCGGCGUCCGCCGCCACCCUGCCCCCGACCGCCUCUCGUCAAGACAGCCAGCAGACAGUCCCUUCACAGCCGUCGUCACCUGGCCCACAUGCUGGCCUUUCAGGUGGCUGUUUUGGCGGUGUGCUGGCUACCUUACGUAGGGUGCGCCCUGUGCGUUGAGCUGUGUCCCCCCUCUGAUGUGGUGACUGCGAACGCCGUGCUGCCAUUCUGUCUGCUACUAGGUCACGCACACUCUGCCAUCAACCCUGCGCUGUACUGGCUCCUAAACAGACAAUCGCUCCAGUUACCCGGCUGUACCGGCUCCCAGCACCGCCUGCUUUCUGGAAAGCUACGCCUGUUUCGUCUUCCCGAUCUCCACCGCAAUGCCGCCGCAGCUGCCCCUUCGUCAACCAAUGAGGCUGCCCUCGGCCCGUUCCACCCUCGAUACGUCAACUUGAGGAAACCGCAACCCCAAAGGUUCCCCACCUCACACUUCCUUCAGUAGUGAUAUAUGGCUCUUUCGGUUUCUCCUGAAAUGUAAUACUAGUCUGGCUUAAUCCUUUGGGAAAGAAAGGUUUACAGCAGCCAGAAGUAUUCUGCUGACUUCAGUUACUUCAUAGAGUCUUAUUAACUUACGUCGGGUUUAUCAAGAAACCCUCCCCCAUACCUUAUAAUUUAACAUGUAAAAUUUAGCCUACGGAAAAUGCAAUAUUACACAAUAGUCUUAACGCCAUACUAUAGGCCUACUACUUUUUAAAUCUGUAUUUUGUUAAACUUGGCCCUCCUAAAUACAAAUAAACAAGAAUGCGUUAUAUUCGUGAGGAAUGUAUUAAAGUGCUGUACAAUAUUUUUCAUCUUCAGGUUGUUCAAAUUUUUCUGCCGAAAGGAGCACUGGAAUAAGACAUGAACACUCGAUCAGUCCGGGAUUAGAUGGCGAAGUGUACGGCGCGAAAUGGAGUAACUGACCUCCUGCCGCACACAGCUCUGCGUUGAGAGUCUGAAAUUGUUAAGACUUGUCUUGAAACCAGUUAUUCUGUCCAUCUGUCCGUUUUUUCCCGUUACUUCACUGGUCAGCCUCAUGAACCAACGUUUUCUACAUUCAUAUAUUAAAUGCACAUAUUCAUGAGGCGAUAUUUAUAUUAAAUAAUAUAUGUUUAUAUUUAUCAUUUAUAUAUAUCUCAGUUUAAAAUAUUCUGCAACUUACAGUAAUUAAACAAAGACAAGAGAACAAUUUUUUCAAGGGGUACACUGUACCUUAUACAGGAGCAUAUUCUGACGUCGAAACAUUUCUAAACCGCAGAAACUGGCAUUCUGUUAUUAAAAUCAGAUCCCUUUGGAAAUAGAUAUUUUAGUUGUAUUGCGUUGCAGGAUUUUGCAGAAACAUAAUAUCAUAUUUUGAAUUUUAACAAUUAAAUCGAAGGAAUUCACAAAGUACAAAUAUUACCGUGUUAGUUUAGAGACUGACUGCCUUAUAUUACAUUUGAGAAUGUCAUUUAACGACUGAAACUCAAAAGCGUUAUGCACGUAUAUGAGUGGGACAGAAUGUAAAGAGUUUCUUAGCAAUAAAUAAAACGUAACGUAGUGUAAACAGGACGUAAACUUGCACAAAAAUCCGUUGGUAAUUCUAUUUAUGCAUUCACUUAUUCUCUCCUUAGUUUGCACUUACUGUAGUAGAAUUAUUUUCUAUUUAGGUAUGCAGUUAAAUCGCCAGGUGUAGAGUAUGUCAUAUUUAUACUGAGCUCCACACAUUCUUCAGACGAAAUUGUUGAGAAGUGAUUGUUGUCCGACUAAUCCAAAUGAAAUGAUCGCCUGGUGGUUACAACAUAAUUUUAUAUGGACCGAAAAAUAUUUGAUUUAGAGCCAUUAUACAAGACAAAAUUUAAAGAGUUCUGAACUGUUUUUGUGUACGAAGUGAAUUUAAAUAAUAGUAAUCAUCAUCAUCAUCGGUAAAAUAGUCCCUUUUCAGCCAUAGUCUUCCUUCAAAAUUUCUUCCAAACUGCAUCUGGUUUUCACUAUUUUGGAUUUCGCAACAAUAAUUCUUUUACAGAGAAGGGCAUUAAUCUUAUGUCCAACCCGCAACCUUGAGAACCACGUCUCUACAUUUAUGUCCCCCAGUGACAUGAUGGGCCAGUUAUAUCCCCAGGCAGAGGAUUCCCUUUUCGUCGUAUUCUAUGACUCCCAGGGCUACGGUGGAGGUAUUCUAACAAACCUCCACACAGAGUAUAAAGUCAAAUACGUAUAUUAAAUUUAGUAUACCUUAGUAUAUAUACUGUACAUACAUAUUUGUCUUCUACUUUGGUGAACUUUAAAUUUUGAAAAAUAUUUGGCUAUUUGAUUAUCUCAUUGUAAUGACUUACCUGAGCGGAGAAAAUAAAGCGGGUAUCUUACCCACCACGAAUUUCAAGGUUUCUGGGACUGUAACACGUCAUCACCUGUUGGCUGAGACAGAGGUAAUCUCUGAAACGUUUAACUCUGAGUCUGGGCAGAUUUUGUCGAGUUUAUUCGCAGUGAAAGUUCCACAUACCACCCACCAUCUUGCAAUAUCUUUAAAGUGAAAUACCUAUGCGCUUUUACAUGGCAUGCACGAAGCGGACUGGUAACGGAUAAAUUAAUUCUGUCUUUAAACGGUAAAAGAUUCAACAUAAACUGAUCCAAAGUGAGUAAGAAAACAGCAGCGGUAUUGAGCCGAAGUGUACUGACAAUACCAGCUGGGGCGCGGGUUGAGAGAUACAGUACUUCAAGGGACGAGAUUAAUAGUAGCGUUCUGUCGAUAGAUCGAUUCAUUGAUUGUUGCCGUAUUUAACAAAACAGUAUUUUAUUAGCAUUGAAUGAGAUAUAAAGAUAAUCACUAAUGAUAUUUAAAAGUAGAAAUCGUUAUGAAACGACCAAGUUCCGAAUGACCAUAGGGAAUUUUAAGAACUGUCUCCCACAUUCGCCCAUAGAAUCUGCGAAGACCUUUCGUCAGUAGUUUCUAAUCCGAACGAAAUACAAGUUUGACACUUCCGGAAAAAUGUCUAAAGGACACUCCCCUGCUCGUCACUACAGUUCGAUUACUGAUCGUGAGGAAUUAAUGGGUUCUUUGGAAGAAAUUCUUAAAAUAUGUAGGUUAUAUAUAACCCUCUCCGUUUCCUCAUAAGCUUCAUCCCACCGAAUUAACAGAUUAUUAUGCGUUUCGUUAUAAUAAUUUCCUUUCUUAAACUAAAGUCCAACUUGUGUCAGAUUUUCCAGAAACUGUUUAGCAUGCAAGAGAGGUGGAAUAGUUACAUAAAGCGUAGGCAUAUAUCUAAUUAAAAUAUACAUGUAAGAUCUAAAACUUUGUGACGAUGUUACAUCGGUACAAAUGUUAUGUUUUUGGACAUUAUCCAUCAUCUUGUAUCAUCUAAAAACCGUCCUGUUUAUUUUUCAAAACGCAACGUUUCGGAGACUGGAUUGUGUCUCCGUCUGUAGGUAAACCCUGGGCCCAGCUCAGUACGUUUAACCUGAAGACGGAGACACAAUCCAGUCUCCGAAACGCUGUGUUUUGAAAAAUAAACAGGACG